GUAACCGUUAUAUUGUGGUGUAACGUUGUUGUAACGUUUGUGUAAGAAAAUAUAUAUAACGAUGACCCAGCUUGGAGGAGUGGUGACUCUGGGUGAACUUUUGGACGAGCAUGCCGAAGCGGAGGAAGAGAACGUGAUCUUGGAACGGGUGAAAGUUUUGGCUCAAGAGCAUCUCCCCGAUGGUUGGACGAACUGGGAGGUGACCACGGCAACGAAAGAGGAAGUCUUUGGGGAGAAAGUCGACCCAAAUAUACUAAACAAACUCGUAGUUGCUUUGCCUACCGUAGGGUUAGUUCGUGCCUUUAUACCGGAGGCGGAUCACCUGUCCGAAAAAAGGUAUAGGGAAAUUCGGCACAAGAUACUAGACUGGGCAUUUACACGUGCCCUUAUUAUAGGACCUCCUGCCAUCUCCAACCGCAUCCGCGGAUCUGCGGCGCGCACGGAAUACGUGAAACAGUCGGUUGCUGCGCUUAUGCCUCUUCUCCACACAAGAGCGGAGACAGAUAAAAUACUCUCAGGCUGUCUUUCGGAGACAGAAGAGACCAGUCGAAAGAGGAGGUCGACGUCUCGGGUCAAAGAGCCCGCGACACGUCGACCUAGGCUUGAGUCUCCGCCGUUCUCUACUGGGACGUCACUUCAGGAAGAAAGGUUUUGUGCAUUAGAGCAGAAAAUGGAAAUGCUCCUGGAGAUGGUCACUCAAAGCAGAGGCAGAGACAAAGAUUCGGACUCUGAUUCUGACAAGGAAAACGAUUUUUCCGAUGGCGAGGAAGAAGUAAGUUCGGACGCCUCGGACGCCCCAUCGUGGAAAGCCCCUACCUGGGGCCCAUAUCCAAACGAGCAAGACGAGCGAAACGAAAAGGAGCUUGAGUUUCGACCCACGACUAAAGAAGCAGAUCCUCUUGUUCCGGAGCCGUCGUCGCAAGCCAAAAAGGAAGGCAUUGAAUGUCAAAGACUGGGCACUGAUAGCUGGAAUCGCAUCAGAUACAAGGACGUAGAGAAGCACUUACACGCCGCUUCGCCAUUUAGCCCGCCUUAA